AGAGACGCGCGCCGAUCGUACGCGCUUGUCACAUUCUCCCGCCAUUUAUGAACCCGGACUGCGUAACCCGUAACUAAAAUAUAUUUGUGCAGUGUUGUUAUUUGGAACACCGGUGUGAAGCCGUUAAUAAAUCGAGAACAGGAUUUUCCUGAUAUAAUAUAUAAAUGAUAAUGUGAAGAGGACAUAAGCCAAGAUCAAAAUAAUAACUUGAAUCAAAGGGGUGAAAAAUUUGAUCAAAAUGUCUACCUUAAAUCCAGCCCCGAUAGAAAAUGGUGUUGGUGAUGACGCUCGCGGCACCACAUAUUUCUUUUCCAGGGGUAGAUCUAGCGCGUCGCUAUGGCAACGGAUAAGUCUAUUCGUAUCCAUAUAUUGGAAAUCUCUAAUAGUAGUUUUAACACCAUUGAUAUUGCUACCAAUUCCUAUCUUAAAUGCUGGAUCAGACAAUGCAAGGGCAUAUAAAUGCAUGUAUGUAGUACUUAUAAUGGCUAUGUAUUGGGUGUUGGAGUUACUACCGCUACCCGUGACGUCAAUGCUACCGAUAGUAUUGUUUCCAACCAUGGGCAUCUUGGACUCUGAUAAGACGUGUGCAGCGUACAUGAAAGAAACAAACAUGAUGUUUAUGGGUGGGCUGAUGAUAGCUGCUGGGGUGCAGCAUUCGAAGUUGCCGAAGCGAGUGGCGCUUUGGACAGUUCAAGUGGUCGGAUGUUCGCAUAGGAGAUUAAACUUUGGUCUAACAUUUGUGACUAUGUUUAUAUCGAUGUGGGUGUCAAACGCGGCUGCCACAACUAUGAUGGUGCCAAUUGUUGAAGCCAUACUCGAAGUCUUGGAACAGCAAGGUUUGGGAGAUGUAUACGUGAAUAAAAAGAAGAAUGCUCUCCCAGAGAAUGGCAAAGAUAUUAAACCAGACAACAGGAAUUCAGAAGAAGAGGCGCCGCUGCCGAGCGAUAUAACGGUGUGUUACUACCUAAGCAUCGCGUACGCGUCCACGCUGGGCGGCUGCGGCACGCUCGUCGGUACCGCCACUAACUCCGCCUUCAAAGGAAUAUUUGACUCCGAGUUCCCCGAGAUCUCAGGGUCGGUGAACUUCUUCUGGUUCAUGGCGUACAGCACGCCGCCCAUGCUGCUGAUGCAGCUCCUCGUGUGGCUCUCCCUGCAGGUCACCUUCAUGGGGCUGUUCAGACCAAAAAGCGAGGCUGCAAAGAACGUGAACAAGGCGUCUUCUGGUUCCUUUACCACGAUGAAGGUGAUCAAGGAGCAGUACAGGAACCUCGGACCUAUCACCUUCCAUGAAAAGGCAUCUGGUUUCCUAUUCAUCCUGGCGGUGUUCCUGUAUAUCUUCCGCAAGCCUGGCUUCAUGCCGGGCUGGGCUGACGUCAUCACCACCAUGAAGGUGAAGGACGGCGUGACGUCAAUGUUCAUUGUGGUGCUGAUGUUCAUACUGCCCAUGUCUAUGGAUUUUGUUAAAUUCUUCACUGCAUCUGCCUCCUAUGAAGAAUUAGCAGCCUCAAAGCCGUCUUCUGGAGUGGUGACGUGGGGCAUCCUGAAGGAGAAAAUACCCUGGGGUCUACUCUUCUUGUUGGGCGGUGGUUUCGCGUUAGCUGAAGGCAGCAAGGCGACCGGCCUGUCCUCCAUGAUCGGCUCCUCGCUGAACGGCCUGCACGGGCUGCACCCAGCGCUGGUGCUGCUGGUGGUGGUGCUCGUCACCCAGUUCAUCACAGAGUUCACCUCCAACGUGGCCAUCGCCAACCUCAUACUGCCAGUCCUCGCUAACAUGGCUCGUACUCUGGGUAUGGACCCUCGCUACCUGAUGGUGCCAGCGACACUGGCUUGCUCGAUGGCCUUCCACAUGCCAGUGGGCACUCCGCCCAACGCUAUCGUCGCUGGCGUCGCUCACAUACCCACCUCUAAGAUGGCCGUAGGUGGUAUUGGUCCUAAAAUAAUAACCACCCUAAUAGUAUGGGGUGCCUACCCCACGUGGGGUUCUCUCAUCUUCAAGGCUGAGGACAUCAUAGGUCUGCAGAGUGGCAUCGACACCGCGCCAAUCGACAAUCUGACACUCAGUUGCAAUGCCACCGUCGCCAGCUUGUCUAUGACACCCCACUUUAACUGCUCCACUGCAACUAAUGUUACAGGAGCGUUUAACUGUAGUUAUUCACCGUUUAAGAGUUAACUGGUUUUAAAUAACUGGUUCUAGACCAAAUAGAACGGUUUUGUAAUCACUAUAUUUGUAACGAAGAAAACGGUUUUAGGGUGUUUCAGUAAUUUAAAAAAAAAUAAUUUUAAAUACCGAAAAUUGUAAUUUAGUAUUGAAAAUGAUGUUUUUGAACCAUUUUUAAUCUGAUUGCAUUUAUUUUGAUACACAAAUAAUAUGACACCCGAAAUUAUCAAGGAAUUUUGUAGUAAUAGUGCUGUGACGUCAUCAGUGUCAUGUUUUCACGUAUAAUGACACCAUUGGAGCGCAGAUUGCAAUGCCAAAAGUGUCAUUUUAUAUUAGAAUGAUAGCGGAAAAAGCGGGUGCUGACUUAAUUUAUUUAAUCCAUAGACCAUUCUUGUAAUUUAUUAGAUCUGUGGUCGUGUCGGCCAUUUUGUGAUAUGUCAACUUGACUAAUGCAUUUUAGAGCAAUUAUUUGUUUUUUUAAUAUUUAUUUUUAUCUCAUGACUGUUACCAUUAUGUAUUUUACCAAUUUUACUAAAUGACUCGUUUUCGCUUUUUAUUUAAUUGUGGUAUUGUAAUAGAAAUCUUGUUACGCAACUUGGAACUUAAGUGCCUUUACUUGAAGCACUUUCUAACUUAUAUACUUAAUUUUUUAGCAAUAAAUUUUCUAGGUGAAUAUUUAAUAUUUUC